AUGGAUGAAGUGCAUUUAGCUGAAAACUUCAAGGAAGAGCUGACCUGCUCUGUAUGCAUGGAUUAUUUCAGACACCCAGUAACCUUGAGCUGUGGUCAUAACUUUUGUCGCAUCUGCCUCCUCAGGAGCUGGGGAGAAGAUGACAGACCAUGCCCCUGUCCUCUGUGCAGGAGACCCUUCCACAUGAGAGACAUAGAACUCAACCAUCGCCUAGGGAAGCUGGCCAGCAUAGGCAGGUCCCUGAGACCCUAUUUCCUGCAAAUAAAAGAGGAAAAAGUCACUUGUGAGAAACACGAGGAGGAGAAAACUCUUUUCUGUAAAAAGGACAAAUCUUUCCUCUGUGUAUAUUGUUUUCAAUCCCAGGAGCAUGAGGACCAUAUGGUGCACAAUGUAAAAGAGGCUGCAGAGGAUUCUAGGGAAAAGAUCCAAAUCUGGAGAGAGAGUUUGGCAGCUGAAUAUGGAGCAUUCCAUAAAUUGCUGGAGAAAGAAGAAAAAGUUCAUUUUCACACAAUGAACAAGCAGGAAAGUGACAAUCUGAAGAUUGUAAGACAAAGUGUGAUUACAGUGUCCCAACAACUUCAUAGCUUGAGAGAGGUGAUCUUGGAUAUGGAACAAUGUAGCUGGAAGACCAGUAGCCAGCUUCUAAAGGUGGUAGGAGGCACACUGAAUAGAUGUGAAUUCCUCUUGGGUCACCGUCCAGAGGUUAUCACCACUUCAGGAAUCAUGUUUCAAAAAACUAUAAUGUGGGAAAUGCUGAAAAGCUUCAAAGUGACCCUGACUCUAGAUCCAAAAAAUAUCUCUCCAUAUCUCAUCCUCUCUGAUGACCUGCGGACUGUCAUUCGUAGGAGCAACCAGCAGAAUACACCCUUUUCUACCAAUCAAGAUGAAAAUAAUUUCAUUUUGGGGGAUCAAAUCUUCACAACUGGUAUUCACUACUGGGAGGUUGAAGACAUGGAUGAAGCUCAUUUAGCUGAAAACAUCAAGGAAGAGCCGACACCCAGUAACCCAGUAACACCCAGUAACCUUGAGCUGUGGUCAUAG